AUGCAGGCAAUAAAAGUUAUGAAUAUGAUUAAACUUUAUGGGAAGCCAAUAAGAGCGUCUCAAGAUAAAAAGAGCUUGGAUGUUGGAGCUAACCUUUUUGUGGGAAACCUUGAUCCUGAUGUGGAUGAGAAACUUUUCUAUGAUACUUUCAGUGCAUUUGGAGUCAUUGUUACAAAUCCCAAGGUCAAACUUCUUUUCUCUUGCUCCCGCUCUGGUACACCCUCCUCGAUGUAUAUGGGUGUGCCACCUUAUGGAUCUUCUCUCUUCAAUGGAUCAUCUACGUCUCCUUAUGAUGUUCCAUUUUCUGGGGGUUCUGCCUAUCCUUAUAACUAUGGCAACCGCCUUUUUGGAGGCAGCCUGUAUAGACUCCUGCAUAUAGCUGGUCCAACACCUUAUUCUAGUGGAUCUAUGAUGGGAAAUGGUACGUGUUUCUCUCGUGCUUCUUAUUGCUUGCUCUUUGUCAUUUUGGAUGCUGAAUUUGGAAAUUUCUUCAUUACGUUGUGUCAUCAUCCUGAAUCAACUUAUAUGAACUCAGGAAAAAUUGGGAAACUUUUCUCCAAAGUUGAAGAAGUUCAAAAUUGA